GGUGGUGCGUGCGGGUGUUUAUCUGUGGCCCAAGCAUCACACGUGUUGUUUCCACAGAUCAGCUGACACAAGGUGGUGACAGCCCAGCCACGAGCCUGCAGUGACCGGCCAUACGACCGCCACCACAAGUUGUGACCGACGACAGUCUACACCGACACCUCCAGCUCUCGACCACCGCAGUGUCUCUCCUCCUCCAGGUGUUUGGCAUCAGCAAACUCUCUGCGCACACUAACGGACUUGUUGUUCAUCUCCAGACCAGCGCCAUGAACGGAGCCGUGACAGACGUCACCAACUUGGUGGUCACUGAGGCCGCAAGUACACCUGGCAAACAGACAGGUACAUUCAAGGUGAAGGCCGGGCUGGCACAGAUGACCAAAGGGGGGAUAAUCAUGGACGUCACCACGGCGGAAGAAGCCAGAAUAGCAGAGGAAGCGGGGGCAUGCGCGGUGAUGGCGCUAGAGCGCGUGCCAGCAGACAUCAGGCGACAGGGGGGCGUGGCCAGGAUGACGGAUCCCAAGCUCAUCAAGGAGAUCAUCGACGCCGUGACCAUCCCUGUGAUGGCCAAGUGCAGGAUCGGACACUUCGCCGAGGCCCAGAUCCUUGAAUCACUUGGGGUCGACAUGGUAGACGAGUCGGAAGUUCUAACGCCUGCUGACGAGGAAAAUCAUGUGGACAAGCAUGCCUUCACCGUGCCCUUUGUGUGCGGGGCACGUGAUCUCGGCGAGGCACUGCGCAGAAUUAGCGAGGGCGCCGCCAUGAUUCGCACCAAGGGCGAGGCUGGAACAGGUGACGUUUGCGAGGCCGUACGUCACGCCCGGACCAUCCAGCGCCAGAUUCGAACCGCGCAAGCGCUGGACCACACAGAACUGUACUCCUAUGCUAAGGACCUCCGUGUGCCCUUUGACCUCCUGCAGAAGACGGCGCAGUUAGGACGUCUGCCGGUUGUCAACUUCGCCGCCGGUGGACUGGCCACGCCGGCUGACGUGUCGCUGCUGAUGCAGCUGGGAGUUGACGGCGUCUUUGUGGGAUCCGGGAUCUUCAAAAGCUCUGACCCUACGAAACGCGCACGAGCCAUGGCACAAGCGGUGACGCACUUCCGCAAUCCCAAGGUGCUGGCGGAACUCAGCGAGGAUUUGGGCGAGGCCAUGUUCGGCACACCUGUCAACCAGCAGCGACGUGACGUCACAUCCAGCCAGGAGAAGGACAAGCUAUGGGAGGCCACUCUUGCCCGCCAAAAGUUCCAAAGCACGGCGUGACCUCAAGGUCAGCACGUUCAUGUGCGCGUGCAGCGCCACCUACACCCGCCAGGGGACUGCAGCUGUGUUUGUCGUGGUUACUCUGUAUGAUGUGAUGUUACAUCACUCAAACAUUUGUGGCAGAUAAUGAGGAUCGACUUGUAGUGACGUGUUUCCCGUGCUCACCAAUAGCUGACCCACCGAUGGACGUCACAGUCCCUUGGCUACGAGACGACCAGAACUUUCUUUGCAAUUAAUUUUGACUAAUUAUUUGUGACUCUAAUCUUACUACUGAAACUCUCGUCUUGACAGUCUCAAUAAACAUGCUAUUAGCAGGCGAG